AAGUUCGACCUCAAAUGACGUGCGCCGCUUUUUCGGUUCGCAAACUCGCUGACGUUUCGUGCCUCUUCGUUGCAAACAUUUGCUGGUCUCUCGACACGGGCAGGUUUUCCCGUCGUUUUAGGUGAAAUCUUGCUCCAAAACCCACGUCCGGACGCCAACAUGAAACCGCUGAUGCUCCAGGGGCACGAGCGUGCCAUCACGCAGAUCAAGUACAACCGGGAGGGCGAUCUGAUCUUCUCGACGGCCAAGGACCACAAGCCGUCGGUGUGGUUCUCGCUGAACGGCGAACGUCUCGGCACGUACAAUGGCCACCAGGGUGCCGUCUGGUGCGUGGACGUCGACUGGACCACGACGCGGCUCAUCACCGGCGCCGGUGACAUGUCCACCAAGCUGUGGGACGUCGAGACGGGUUCCGUGCUGGGGACGAUUCCGUGCAACUCGGCGGCGCGUACGGCCAACUUUAGCUUCUCCGGCAACCAGGCCUCGUACUCGACGGACAAGGCUAUGGGUCACAACAGCGAGCUGUUCAUCAUCGACGUCCGGAACGUGGACUCGAGCAUCAGCAGCCAGAGCCCGGUGCUGAAGCUGACCAUGAACCAGUCGAUCCAGACCAAGAUCACGUCGAUGCUGUGGGGCGCCCUGGACGAAACCGUCAUCACCGGGCACGAGAACGGCUCGAUCCGCAUCUGGGAUCUGCGCACGGCCAAGGAGCUCAACUCGGUCAACGACCACACCGGCGUCAUCAACGACAUGCAGCUGUCCGCCGACGGAACGAUGCUGGUGUCCGCCUCCAAGGACACCACCGCCAAGCUCUUCGACUCCGAGUCCCUGAUGUGCUUGAAGACGUACAAGACGGAGCGACCGGUCAACUCGGCCGCCAUCAGCCCCAUCCACGAGCACGUCGUCCUCGGCGGAGGUCAGGAAGCGAUGGAGGUCACCACGACCUCGACCAAGUCCGGCAAGUUCGACUCGCGCCUGUUCCACCUGGUGUACGAGGAGGAGUUUGCCCGCGUCAAGGGCCACUUCGGUCCGAUCAACAGUUUGGCGUUCCACCCCGAUGGCAAGAGUUACGCGACGGGCGGCGAGGACGGUUUCGUGCGAGUUCAGGUGUUUGAUGCGUCGUACUACGAGUUUGUGUUCGAGUAAACGAUCCCCCAACCCCUCCGCUUGGUAAAGUUCUGUGAACCAGAAGAAAAGAGACUUAUUUGAAAAAAAGAACAGUGAGUGCGAGAGCAAGAGAGACAGUAGCCGGAAAGUGAGCGGUGGCUGGCCAACUAACGGGGGCCACUGCACAAUUAUAAAUUAAAGAAAACAAAACAUUCACGCGAGGACAAAGUUUGCUGCUGCAGAUUGAUUGGAGCAUGUUCCGCGGCGGUAUGGACCGGCAUCUGAAUAAACUUAGAAUGUUGGUAACAUACAGAAGA